UUCACUGCCUGGUGUGGCAUUCACAUCCUAACGCUCAUGUGGUAACAUCCAGCAUUGCUUGGCUUCUCCUGCUCACUGGCCUGAUUCCAGGGAUUUGGAGUAGACAGGACAGACAGACAGAGGUAAAGAGCUGGAGAAAGAGAAGUGAGUCUAGUAGUAGUUGGAAAAAAGACUUCUGGAGCAGAGAAGAAAAGGUGAGAAUCAAAGAGCCGAUCAAGGAAUCUAGAGGAACCAGUGGUGAAGAAGCAUUGAUUAGCUGACUGCACACUACAAAUCCACUGAUAUGGCAGCCAUGGAAGCACUGGAAUCCUCAAGUGCCCUGUUAGAGCCUCAGACCCUCACUGAAAUCUCAGACGAUGAGGUAAACCUCCCACCCUCAGAUGAUGAAGAUGAUGCCCUUGCAGCAGCCAAAAAAGAGCUGUCCACCAUGGGCACAGAGGGGGAUGCGGCCGAAGACAAGGGCGAGGCAGCGAAGCUCGACCAACAGGUGAAUGGGGUCAUGGUUCUGUCUUUGCUUGACAAGAUCAUUGGGGCAGUGGACCAGAUCCAGCAGACCCAGAGCGGGCUGGAGGCCAGGCAGCAGGAGAUGGAGCGUUCUGUGACGGGUAUCCAGGGCGAGUUGACCAAACUGGCCAAGAGCCACAGCACCACGUCCAACAGCGUCAAUAAGAUGAUGGAGAAGGUGAGCAAGGUGAGCGUCAACGUCAAGACGGUGCGGGCCACCCUGGAGAAGCAAGGAGGCCAGAUCAAGAAGCUGGAGAACAAUGAGGCUGAGCUGCUGAAGAGACGCAACUUCAAAGUCAUGAUCUACCAGGAUGAAGUGAAGGUCCCCUCAAAACUCAACAUCUCAAAAUCCCUGAGGGUAUCAGAGUCUGUAUCAGGAAGCAGAGGAGGCAGCCUGCUGGAGCUCAAGGAGACUGUGGAAGAGGCUAGAGAGGAGGGAGGAGAAGAGAAGGCAGACAAGCCCCAUGUAGAGCUCUCGUCAGACGAGGAGGGGUUGGAGAUUGAGGAGUCCAUUGAGGAGACACGUGCCGAGCGCAUUAAGCGAAGCAGCCUGCAGCGUGUACAGACCCUGAAGACGGUCUUCUCAAAGGAGAAGAUGGACAAGACCAGAGGAAAGGCCAAAGAGAACCUGGAGAAGACCAAACAAAAAACCAAGGACAACCUGGAGAAGACAAAGAAGAGGACAAAAGAGAAUCUGGAAAACACGAAGCUGAAGGCCAAGGAGAAUUUAGAGAAGACCAAGCAGAAGACCAAGGAGAACCUGGAGAGAACACGUCACAACAUUGAGAAGAAAAUGGGGAAACUCGGAAACCGGAUGACUGUCAAUCCAGAACGCAAGCAGAAGAUGCAGACAUCCCGUGACAAAGUGAAGAAGGCCUUCACACCAGACCAUAUCGUUUAUGCGAGGUCCAAGACUGCCGUGUACAAGGUGCCCCCCUUCACCUUCCAUGUCAAGAAAAUCCGUGAGGGAGCCGUUGAGGUGGUCCAAGGCACCGAAAUGGUGGAGGUUUCCCAAGAUCCUGAGCCCUUCAGUGGAAUGGAUGGGGAGGCUGAAGAGGGUGCAGAGGAGGUUGAGAUGGAGAUGAUGAAUGGAGGAGGAGAGGAAGAAGAGGCUGAGGAGGAUGAAGAUGAAGACAGUCAUGAUGCCCUGCAGGAGAAUGAAGACAGAGAUAGAGACAGCGACUAGACAGAGAUUGAGGAAUUUGUCAAGAUCCCAAGAAAAUCCUUUGCACCAACCCUGUGAUUCGUUCGUAAAAACUGAAUAAAUUGCUGGUAUUGAGAUUGAUACAGAUCAAUUAAUGUUAAUUACAACUCACAGGGCUUAUUUUUUUGAAUUCAUUUUCCAUUAUUCCUAUCAGUUCUGAUAACUUUGUACUUACUAAAGUAUUUGCUGAUGUCUGGGAACAGGAGCACAUUGCUACCGUGUGACAGGUCAGUCAGACAAUCAGACAGCUGUUAACGAGCUACAGUUUAACCAGAUUCAUUUAAUUAUUUUCACCCAAAAUAUCAGUUAUAAUGUCUACGUGGGAAAACAGUGUAACAGCUUAGCUGCUCUCAGUGUCGGUGAAAGUUGAAGGCUGAUAAUGUUUAUAUUUCUCUUCCCAUAAGUUUGGCUGAUCUGCUGGUUUGUUUCUAUUCUGUCUGAUCGUUUUACUGUUUGUGCCUCUUGAUUCAUCAUUAGAUUUGUUUUCAUCAGCGUUGCCUGGAUUACCAAAGAGCAGGAGACUACUCCAGAACUUCACUGGCCCUGAAAGCUCUGGUGGGUCCUGCUUUAUCACUUCACCAUAAGUCCUUGUGUAAAAAUGCCUUUUCGAGACCUCCAUUAAAAAGCUACACUAGCACGUAGUGUGAAAUACUGACUCACAGAGAACGACCCUGUCUUUGCAGUCAAGUUUUUUUUUUUUUUUUUUUUAAUCUUUCAGCUCAUUGUUGAGGGGUUCAGCCCACAACUGUUUUGGGUUCAGUCUCACUGCUCUCAUCUUCAGCAGAAGCAAGCAGCUGCUCGGUGAAAAGCUCAGAUAAAACCCUCUGAGCCCAGAACCAAACUCGAUACAGUUACGGUUAGCGACUACAUGGUGCGUAUGGUGGAGUAUUUAGCAGCUAAAGAGCCAAAUAUUUGUUUUCAAGAGUUGGUGAAAUUAAAGCAGAGCUAAGAGUGUAGUGAAACUGGACUAACGUUAGCUAGGUGGACACAACUCCAGAUAAAUCUUAAUGUUGGUUGGUGUCUGCAGGAUGUUCACAUCUUCAUUUCUAAAGAACUGGACGGGUCACCUGCUAACGUCUCCAGAAACAACAUAUAUCACCCUAACCAAACGUCAUGGUGGUUGCAGCGUACCAGGGAUGAAUAUUCAGUUAGGUUUAGAAUAUAAGAUUUGGUUUGGCUUGAAAUAGCUAUGUUACUUCUGUAACUUGCAUUAUGCAGCUUCAAAUGAUUCAGCCUUCAAUUCUGGUUUCACACUGGAUAUGGACAGAAUGAAAGUUUAGAGCUUGUGUAAAUCAACCAUCAUCCUCAAACCUGACUUCCUCCUUUGCUGCUGUAAUAAUCACUGCAGCCACUAGAGGGUGAAACAAAGAAAUAUACAUCACCAUUUCAGAGUCAACAUAUAUAGUUGUUCUUUGUUUGCUAACCAGGGCAUGUGAGCGAGGCAGAGCGAGUAGGGAGCAGAGCGUGCAAAAUAUAGUCGGAGCUCAGAGCAGGAUUUUAUCCAAAGGCCAGAGCGAUGGUUCCAUUUCACUCCAGUUCUGUUCCAAUACCGCUCUCCACGUGUCUAGGGCAUGCACAAGUCCACACAGACUCACGUGUGCCUUCAAGGGUUAGCCUACAUCAGAGGUCAUUCGUUGGUAGAUGGAUUUUGUAAAAUAUUUCGAAAAGCAAGCAGACAGGUCAUAUAGCUGCAACGUCAGGAAUUGCUUCCUCUUUAAAUUUGAGCGAGCGUGAAGCAAUUUCACCAGAGCUGAAUGAAAUUUUAAGUGAGUGUCUGGUAUCUGGUAUAACUUUGAGCAAUGGAGCGAUGGAGCGAAGGAGCGAACACCCGCGUAAGUGGGGAGCGGAAAUUCUCGCCGCUCAGCUCGGCUCACAUGUUCUGUUGCUAACACAUUUACCAUAUUACCUUUAUAUUGGGAUAACAUGUUAGUAUUGUUUGACAGCUUGCUGUGCUGCCCCUAAGUGUCCAGACAUCUACCAGUAGGUGUCCAGUGAACAGAAGGAUUACAGGAUUGUCCGAUCUCAGCAAUCAACUUUGUUUAAUACAAUGUUAUUAUUACCAUUAGGAAUGAUGGCCAAAACUGCCCAAGAUGGAAACAAACAGAAAUAUUAUUCAACAAAUUUUACUUUAUAUAACUUACACAAUUCCAGGUUGUCUGUGUUCUUUAAAAUGUGUGUUUAGAAGGUAGAUGAUCACAAAAACUGAAAGAGAAGGAAGAUGGAAAAAUAAAAGUGUUGGUGGGUCUGGUGAAGGGAGGUAGGGCAAAGGCAGAACUGACUCAACCAAAUGACCAUUAAGAAUUGUUUGAAGAAGUCAUUUGUCAGCAGUUCAUUUCCUGGUUCACUUUUCUUUUUAAAUCAAGAUGCUAACCACUCGCAGCUAGUGGGAUGAGAGAAUAGGAACGAUUCAUCCCCUGUCCUUUGAAUUUCAGUGGUAUUUGUUAACAAUAAAGCAAAUGAUCUCAUGGGCUAUUGGGUUGCAGAUUCCUAAUGGCCAAAUUAUUCACUAACACACUGAGUAUAUAUUUGUGCUUAUCCAGAAAUGUCUUGUGUUUUAUAAAUAUUUUACAUAUAACACAUAAAACAAUUCCUUCCACCCCAUCUGUAGUUCAGUUUAAAGACUGAAGUAUAUUACUCUGCUUCAUUUAACUUUUAUUUAGAAGUGCAGUGAUUCUGUUGUAAUUUGGAGGUUCUGAUGAGCUCACAGUUUAAGAUUUGUGUAUGAUUUUCUAUGUGAAGUCAGUUCACACCAUACCUUUUUCCUCCGUCUCCUUUUUAUUACUGUCAACCUGCUGCCUUAUAGUUGUCCUUUCAGCACACUUUCUUUCAUGCAAUACUCAUAUGUAUCAUAUCACUGCCAGCUUUCCCAAAGCAAAUCAAGUUCUCAUGAACAUGAAGGUCUGCUGAACAAGGCAAAGACAGCUCUUUCAAAAGUCCAUUACAUUUUAAUGUACAUUUCACUCAUCAGUGGUAAUCAUUUUGAUUAUUCUCUCAUGGAAAUUUCUUUUUUAGAACAAGUUAUGUGUUAUGUGUCUCAUGAAUACACUCACAGACCUCUAGUAGACCCAUUUUAGACUUAUUAACAGGACUGUUUCCAGCAGGAGUAUGUAAUCACUCUUGACUGACACUGACCCCUAGUGUCCAGUCAUCUGACUAUCCUCCACUCUGGUCAAAAUGUAAAGAUGAUAUUAAUGACCAUUUAAUUCAAAUAGGUUUCCUUUACUGUCACCAAUACUUGUUUGAAACAAGAUGUAUAAACGUGCUUUAUAUGUUCACCACUACUGGUGUUAUUUCAUGAGUGAUUUGCAUGAAUGGAUUCAAGAACUGAUGUUUGUCAUUCUUAAAUGUUCUGCUUUGACUGCAUUUUUGUAGCUAUUCAAGAGAAAUGUCCAGCCACUGAUGCAUUUUCAGACCUAAUUCUGUUAAGUUAGCAAGGGCUGGAACCUGUCCCUGCAAAGUGAAGGAGCACACACCUGGUCAGGUCAUCAGUCUAUUAAAGGGUGGAUGUAGAGACAGACAACAUGCGUUUGUAAGUCCAAAGGAAGAGAAAAUACAGUCUGAUACAGCUGAUGUCAAAGUUAACCAUAUUGCCACAGUAUUUGUUGUGUCAAAGUUCAGUUUCUAGCUCAGACUCGUCACAGUUUUACCUUUGUUUUGUAUUUUGUAUAUAAUGUGAAUCACUGCCAAUACAGAUCAUCAUGCGUUCUGAUCUCAUUUCUAGAGAGUAUCUUGCUUCCUGCUGCUUCCACACCAUCAGCAUUUAGAACAGCUUCUUUUGGGUCAAAUACUUCUUAUUUUUGCUCAAAUUUCAAAGUGCAACAAAUCCAGAUGUGGCACUCUUACAUGUGAGCAAAGAAAAAAUAGUCCUUUUUUAAGAUGCACAAUAGUGGAAGAAAAUUCCUUCAGUGGUUUAAUGCUCAGUCAUUCAAAGAGGAGUAACAAUGCCAUAUCUGUGAAAGCAGUAACAACAUGCAGUUGUGCUGAGGUCUAUGUCAAUCGACUUUUUCCUUGCUUUUGUUUUGUUGUUAACCGAUUCCUGUAUAACGUUGCUUAACCACUAAUGAUUUAAUUAAUAAAAGCUAUUUGGUUCACA